CUAGUCAGGUGCUCCGUUGCUUUCUGCUCGAUUGUAGACGAUCAGUACUUAUCUGACUCGCCCAAAUCAGUUUCAUUAAAAACAUCAUGACACGAUUUCGUUGUGUUUUUACUCAUAUUCUUAUAUUACUACUUACGUAUCAAAUUUCACCAUUGUACGCCGAUAAUGCGGUACCUGUAUUAUUAUGGGGUGGUUCCGUCAAUUCAGAUUUAGCAACAAGUGCAGUGAAUCCAUUUUUAAAAACUACAAGUAAAGAAUUCGAAUCAUUUUUGCAUAAAAAAUUAGAUAAUUUACCUCCUGUUCUUCUUUAUGUGAAAGAUAAUUUGUGCGUCGAGGAUUUAGUAAAACAUAAAGAGCCUCUUCAAAAAAUUGUACCUAGUGAUUCUUUGCAUUAUUUUCCUGCAGUUGAGGAAGCAGUGAAUACACUCGAAGAUUUAUCUUCGUAUAAUCAGACCUAUAAUGAUUACGUAGAUUCUGUAUCUGAUGGACAACUAUUGAUUAUGCCAAUUAGCAAUUUAGAUGUUAUUCCAGAAACGUACAAAACAAUAAAAGAAUCCAGUCCUAAUUUGAUAGCUGUUCUCACUGGAAAGUCAUGUAGUUAUAGACGUUUUGAAAGAGUAAAAAGAGCUGACACUGAUGAUAAGGAAAAGCUUCAGAAUUUCACUGUUACCAUGGAUAGAGUAUUAAUGUAUGCUAGUCGGCCUCUAAUGAUAAAGGAACAAGAUGGAACAAUGCCUAUAGAUCUUCCUACAAAAUAUACACCCACAGAAAAAUCAUGUAAUGAAUCUUUAUGUUUGACUCUCACCUUCAAUGGAACUGAUAAACCUGUUAAAUACCAGCUUACUUUCAUUUUUGAAGUUAAAACUGCUGGAUAUUAUACACUUAAAACAGUUGAUUAUGCAUCAUAUACAAGCUUAAAUAGUACUGGCAAUCAACAAAACUUAAUAGCAGAUACAGAUAUUGUAUUUCCAUUCAACUUCUCAUAUCACUGUUCACAGAACACGACUUUCUUUUCGAAUACAACCUCUUUAAUUAUUACAAAUUUACAAGUACAGCUUGAUGUACCACUAAAAAAUAAUACAAAAACAUUUGAUGAUGCAUAUGAUUGUGUUGGUUUUACUACAAUUCCAAUUUGGACAGGAAUAUUUGUUACUGCCAUAUUAGCCAUGAUCAUGAUUUGGGCCCUUACUAUGAUUAUAGAUAUACGUACAAUGGAUAGAUUUGAUGAUCCUAAAGGCAAAACAAUCACUAUUUCAGCUCAGGAAUGAUAUAGUAAUGAUAAAUUUGUAGAAAUUUUAUGUAAAUAUAUAUCAUAAAUAGAUGUGACUUAAUAAAUUGUUCUAUAAGUUAUCAGUUUCAUGUUGAUAACUUAUGUAAUGUUUAUCAAAGUA